CAGAGGAGCGUCUUCCAUCUGACACCUACCCGAAUUGGUGGGUAGAUUCCCAAGCUCUGAACUCACUUAGCCACAUCCUCUUUGGAGGGGCCAACGCGUUUCGGGAGGUGCGGUCCGCACCAGCGGACGGAGCCUCAAACCGGUCCUGGAACUCCGAAAAGGGGUGAGGGGGCUGGCCUUCUGGUCUGGAUGUAGCGUCAGCAGCCGCAGUCGUCCGGCGGAGACAGGAGGAGGCGGGCGCGGGCGGGGCCAAGGCUGGGAACCGGCUCCUGCUGUCGAGACUCCGUAAAGGCUUCGGGGAGGCAGGUCAGAUUCUGAGACACAUCAUGUCCAAUUUUGAAGAUGCUGACACGGAAGAGACAAUAACUUGUCUCCAGAUAACUGUUUACCAUCCUGUCCAGCUGCAAAGUGGAAUAUUCCAAUCCAUAAGGUUUUAUAACCGAGAAAAACUUCCCUCCAGUGAAGUGGUGAAAUUUGGCCGAAAUUCCAAUAUCUGUCAUUAUACCUUUCAGGACAAACAAGUUUCCCGAGUUCAGUUUUCUCUGCAGCUGUUUAAAAAGUUUGAUAGUUCAGUUCUCUCUUUUGAAAUAAAAAAUAUGAGUAAGAAGACCAGUCUGCUUGUGGACAACAAGGAGCUGUGCUACUUAAAUAAAAUAGACCUGCCUGACAAGUGCAUGGUCAGAUUUGGUGACUAUCAACUCCUGAUAGAGAAGGAAGAUGGAGAGUCAUUAGAAUUUUUUGAGACUCAAUUUAUUUUGUCUCCAACAUCACUCUUGCAAGAAAACAACUGGCCACUACAGAAGCCCAUACCUGAGGAUGGCUGUUACUCAUCCUAUUCUACCCAAAACACUUUUCCUACAGAAAUGGAUGAAAAUGAAUUGUGAACACAGAGGGCUAAGAGGAGAAUCGUGAAGGAUGAAGAAAUCUGUAGACAUUUUAUAGAUAUUUCACAGUUUAUUAGUAUAUUACUGUUAUCUGUUAUCAAAUUCGGGAUCUCUUCUUAUCAUUUUGAAGUCUGUAAAUUGUAUUAGUCAUUGAUUUAGUCGUCUGUUGCAUUCCUAGAUGUAUGAAGAAUUCUUAAGUGUAUUUAAGUGUACCUCUGUGAACAUUAAUGUACAAAAAGCAUCCUUGGUGAUGAAGGAAUAGUGUUCUCAAAAUAGUUAUAUUAUUUUCUUUUUAUGCUUGAUUUUAGCCCUAUGUUUUGCAAGGAACCACCUCUUUGUUUGGUCAUAUUAUUUUACAAGCGGCUCUUUGUUUUCAAUGUCAAGGCCAUGGUUGAGUUGCUCCUCGUGGUAUAGCCUGUUGGUACUUGCAGUGCUAGAGUACUGCAACACAGCAUGAUGUGUUUUGGAGCAGUGUCUACGCGUCAUUGUGGUUUUAUUAUAGGAAGCCUUAUUUGAGCAAUAAUACCUUUUCUAUGAUUUCCUUUUUGUAGAAUUGUGGUGUUUAUUUCCAAAAGUAGUUCUCCGUAUCUAUAUUCAGUAUCUAAAACCAGUAUUUUAGACAUUUUAAUA